AUGGCAGACCAACCUCCACAGCUCGAUUCUGAGCUGGAGUCUUUCCGGCAACAAUGGCAGACUGAGCUGAAGCACAAAAAGGUAGACCCAGAAGCCCGGGCGCCUCACUCGAAAAAGGAGUCAUCCUCGUCAUCCAAGCAUUCGGUACCUGCAGAGAUUCCCAAAAGCAUAGUUGCCAAGAGGUCUCAAAUAGAAGAGGAUGAGGAAUACGCACAAUCUCUCGUUUUCGAUGAACCAGCACCGCCCGCGUCCGGUCCGACACUGGAUGGUCAGUCUGAUCCCAAUAAGGCCAGAGAAUUGAUAUCCGCCCUGGAUCACUUUGAAGAAGCUGUCGAAAAGGAGGCAAUCGGUAGCUUAGGGGACAGUCUCAAAUUGUACCGGAAAGCAUUCAGGAUGGAUAAUAGAGUCGACCUGGCAUACCGGAAGAAGCACUUCCCCGCCGGUGCCGCGAAAGCGCCACAGCCCUCAGCAUCAGGUCCCGCGACCGCCGCCACAAGCGCAGCAAACAAGCCCGUAGAGACGCAGACAAUGAGCGAGCUGAUUGCCGGCUUCUCAGGUCUCGCCGUAGCAGCAGCGCCCCCGCCGGUAGAAGGCGACCCGGCGCCGCCCUGCCCCAUUGCCGCCAUGCCUGAAGAGAUCCUCGUCCACAUCUUCAAAGACGUGGCCGUCCUCGACGUCGGCGACUUUGUGCGGCUGUCCCUCGUAUGCAAACGCUUCGCCUACGUCGUCGCCACGGAGCAACAGAUCUGGCGCCGCGUCGCUCUCGGCCCGGAAUUCGGCUUCGCGGGCAUGCACUACCACUGGCAACGCGGCGUCUCUUGGGAACCGCUGGAGGAAGAGGAAGACAACAGCGGCGACCUCGACUACGUGACCAUGGAGGAGCUCGCGCGGCGCCGCAGGGAAGAGGGCGAGGCUACAACCCUCACCCUCCUCCCGGAACUCUACGACUCGUCCUGGCGGAAAAUGUUCCGGCACAGGCCGCGGAUCCGCUUCAACGGGUGCUACAUCAGCACCGUGAACUACAUCCGACCGGGCCAGGCCAACGCCAACCAAAUCACCUGGAACAGCCCCGUCCACAUCGUGACCUACUACCGCUACCUCCGCUUCUUCCGCGACGGCACCGCCAUCAGCCUGCUCACCACCGACGAACCCGGCCACGUCGUGCACUACAUGACAAAGGACCUGCUUGAGCUCCAUCGGCGCAGUAGCGGCGGCGGCACGGCGCACCUGCCGUCCGUCGUCAUGCAGCACGGCCUUCGCGGGCGGUGGCGGCUAUCCUCGGCGCUCGAUCACCCGGACAGGCCGCUCGGGGAGGUCGAGGGCGACGUGGCCGUCGAGACGGAGGGGGUCGGGGCGAAGUACACGUACAGGAUGUAUCUAGAGAUGCGCAACGCCGGCAAGGGCGGCGCGCGCAACACCAAGCUCGUGUGGAAGGGCUUCUACAGCUACAACAAGCUGACGGACGACCUGGGCGAGUUUGCCUUGAAGAACGAUAAGCCCUUCUUCUUUAGUAGAGUAAAGAGCUACGGCGUCGGGGAAUCCGUACUCCUCGCAACAUCCUCCCAAGCCCUCAACCCCUCCAAAACACCCACACACUUAGCCCGAAUCCUCUCCCACCCAUCGCUCCCCAGUGCGACCCUUAACGGCACCUCCUUACCACCACCACCGUCCCCGUCUCCGCCCCCCGUCCUUCACCAUCCCGUCGCCCCGAACCAGCUCCGCGAUCCUCGCUACAGCCUUCUCAGGAGGUAUAAAGCGGGGAAGAGGGUGAUGGAAAUUGUGGAAAGGACCUCGCGGUGGCUUCUUAUAUUAUUCGAUACAAAUUAUGAAGCGGAUACCGACUGGUCCUGGCUGUACAGAAAACCGGCGUACAGAGUUAACGAAAACGAGCAGUCUAGGAUCUGCGGAUUGACCGGAGCUCUCUACACGGCAAACCGACCUAGAAAGCACUUGGCCAAUCCCAUGACAUAUGUUCACUACAUUGCGGGCUUGCGAGUAUCUGUUCCAAAUAACAUGAAAUACCGAGUAGAUGGUUAUGUGCUCGCGGAAACCCCGUAA